AUUUUUUUUGGUUGUUUUUUUAUAUGGUGAGCUACAUUAUUCCCACCCACCAACCUUUAAACUACCACACUAGUCACGGCCGGAGCUCUUCCUCCAGAGAAUCGAUCGCCUACGCUGACCGCUCUCCAUUUGCCCUCUGGACCCCGUGACACUGUGCCAACACUCACCUACGCUCCACUCACACACACACACACACACACACUGUGGCAAUCUCGCUGCUAUUUAUCCCACGAGAAAGCUCAGAGUGCCAAGACCACCCUGGGGCUUUAGAGAGUGCGUGCUGGGAGGACUGGGAGGCAGAAGGAUGGCUGUGUUUUGGAAAGCAGUGGCAGCUGGAUUGCUCUUAGCUGUCUGCCUCAUGGGAUGGACAGUUGAUGGGCAGGGGAACGGUAAAAAAAAGGUAUCUGGGGAUUCAAUCAUCUACCUCGGCCAAGAGAGAAACCCCUGGAGUCCGCUGAUCCGCACCACGGCCAACCUCACCGAGAUCCGCAGCAUCAAGUCCACCUUUCAGUUCCGGACCUUCGACCCCGAAGGAGUGAUUUUCUACGGAGACACCAAAAAUGGAGAGGACUGGUUUGUUUUGUCCCUGAAAGAAGGGUUCCCCUUAAUGCAGAUCAGCAAAGAAGACGUGCAAGUCAGCGUGACAGGGGGCCCGAAGCUCAACGACGGGAAGUGGCACACGUUGGACGUGAGCAACCGGGGAAAGUUUGUCAUUCUGGAGGUGGACGGCCUGCCUGGACUGGUGGUGGGAAUGCACUCCAGACAGACAAAGGAGGUCAUUUCCGGGCAACUUCGACUGGCCCUUGGUGGGAUCCUGACCAGCAAGGACAAGUUGAUCGUUGAGUUUGAGCCACAGAUGGACGGCUGCGUGCGCGAAGGCCACUGGUUAAACCUCAGCAUGCCCUGGGAGGCGGACGCCGACGAGCUCUGGCUCUGCCACCAGAACAUCCAACCCGGCAGCUUUUUCGCUGGCGAAGGAUUCACCAUUUUCAACACCUCAGUUUUCCAAACGAUCAAAGAUCUUGGCUUCAGAGUUGAAUUUUGGGGAGACUUCACUCAGAUGGAGGGCACCAUUCUGAGCAUGAUGUCCUCACAAGGAGAGCUGCUGGCAGUCGUGGAAGCCAAUAAUAACACGAAUGAGAUUCAUUUCACUAUCAGGAAGCAAAAACACAUUCUGACAAACGCUGUGAAGCAGCUGAGGAUUACUUUUUUUGAGAAAGCGGUGGAAGUGGUUAAAUUUUUAGAUGAAGCAAACACAGAGAUAGUUUCUUAUGAUCCGUUGAGUGCCCCCGAAUAUCUGACGGAGCUGAGAGAGGGGCGUCUCGCCAUUGGAGGUCUUCUAGGUGGCGUUAAAGAUAUGGUUGGCUCCAAUUUCCUGAGAGGCUGCCUGGAGAAGAUCAAAAUCCAACUGAAGGAUUUGGAUCUGGAUUCAGCUAUCAAAGACAUGUCAGCUUCUUCACACAGCUGCCCGGUGUAGGAAGCUUGCAUGGGGCUGCAAGAGGACAGGAUGCUGGCUGUUAAGGACUUCAUGUGUCUGUAGUUCAUAAAGAUAAGAUGACUGAUAAUUAUUUCCAGAAUAGUGUGAUUAAUUAAACAAAAAAACAAAAACGAUAUGUCUAAGUGUAAAUCAAAAUAACAGACAAAAAGUUUGUAAAUGACAGAAAUAUAUAUGUAUUUUUUACCAACCUAAGAUACAAACUUAACUCUGAGAAACAAUAUGCGGCUGCAAAGAGAUGCACAAUGUUUAACAAGCUGUGUAUGUCAUGCGUCAUGACUAAAAUUGAACAACCAAAACAAAAAA